UUUGUUUUGAGUGAGUGCCUCAGUUGGUAGGUGAAAAAUAGUAGGUAGGUAUUUCACGGUGAAAGUAGUUCAUCGCGGAGUCUCUACGCACGUUUCACAGCUGCAUACUUUGUCUAUGCAUCGAUAGAUUCCGAGGUUCUUCUCGAAACCACCCUCCAUCCGGCAUCCGUUCGUCUUUUCAAGGUCUCCGUAUUCAUCGUUCUCCCUUCACGUCCCUCGCCCCAUGUCGGUUUGUUUAGAUACUUCGCUUGUUCACUGAUCUUUCAUCAUCAUAUGUUUGUAACGUGAAAUGUGUUUGCUACUAUGUAUUCUCAACUUUCCAUCAUCAAUAUGUAGUCAUUUUUUGUGAAAAUUAUUUAAUUUUUUUCAUCGAUACGAAUCAAUUAUUUGCCCUGGAUCGAUCCACGUUGCAUCGAAACUUUAUUUUCUCAUUCGCAUCGAAGUCGAGUGCAGCCAGGGACUAAACAUGACUGAAAUCACUUCCCAAGUGUACGAUAUUUUUCAUCAGACUCCUGUAUCGUUGAAACAACUAUCAGCGAUCGCAGUUGGUCUGGGAAUAUGGCGCUGUAAACUGAACCAUUAUCGAACUAAUGACGGAUUGUCCAAUUUUCGUCCAAAAAUUGAACGUAACUCGUUGAAAGCUAUGCUCCCUAACUUACCUUCGGCGAUUAUUGACGUGAUUUACGAAUACGUCGUAAAAUUUGGGAGCUCAUUGAAUUCCUGGCUAUAUCGCCAUUAUGACAAAGUAUUCAUUUUUCGUGACCGCUUUAGGAACGAAAUUUUGGGAGACUUUGAUGAUUUCGUGUGCGAUCACGAUGGCAAUAUUCAUCAUACUAGAACAGCCGAACGUUUGAUGCACUGUAGCGCACUGAAAGAGUGUGAAAAAUUUAGAAUAGCCUGCACUUAUUUCUUCGAAGACCAUAUUAGGCUAAUUUGGCCAAAUGUGCGGAGACUGAAAGUGAUGAACUAUGCAGCUGAAGCUCGUUUUGAUCAGUAUCCGCAAUUGUAUUACUGGAUUUGUUAUCUGAAGAAUGAGCAGAAUAAGAUAUCUAUCCCAACAACACUUUUGUCUAUUGACGAACUCAUGUUUGACCAAUGUCUUUCUGACAAUAGGCCAUCGGUGGAAUACUUUUGGUUUAGAAUACCAUUGGAAAGACGAUUACUAAAAGCUUUCGACCUAUUUGACUGUAAUAAAAACGCAUUUUUGAAGUUCAUUUUACAAAAACUCGACGAUCAACAGCUCGACGAAUUCGUAGAAAGGAAAGGUUGCGACUUGAUGAUUUUUCUGUCCAGAAGUGAUUAUCUCGAUAAAGGGCUCUUUUUGCCAACUUGGAAAUAUAUCAAAAGCAGAAUGAGCGACGGUAAUUUAUCAAAUUUGGUGCUGAAAAUGUUGAAACACGAAGCUAGCAGCUUCGAAAUAUAUUCAAACAGCACGUUAAAGCAUUGGUCGUUUUUCUGUUCUGAAAUUUGGCACAGUAUUAAUACCGAUUUGAAACCUUCGAUAGUGGAAAGUGUUCUUUCCAGGCACGAAUUGUUUGAUGCCCAAAGAACAUACGGAUUUUAUUUCCCGAAUCCUAUAACAUAUCCGGCGAGAUACGUCGAGCUCCUUUCGAUCAUUCUUUCUUGCGCCACAUUUGAGCAGAAGAGGCCAUUUUGGCUUAACUGUUGGCGUCCUUUAUUCAAGGGUGCUCGAGUCAAAGACCUGCGACGAAUAGUCGAGCUGUGUUUUGAAAACGAAGAAGAGAUUGCUGAAUUCAAGAAAAACACCAUUGCUUCGAUUAGUUUCGGAAUUGUGCGCGAUUGCGGUGUUCCAUCAUUGUUGAAUGGUGAUUUCGACGAACUGAAUGCCUUGGCGGAUUUUUGUAGUCUCGAUAGUGAAUCAGCGAGAAUUUUAAAACAAGAAAUAUUGCGAUCAUUUUUUCUGGAGCAGAGUUCCUUCUUGAAUCCUGAUAUUAUCAAGAAUGCAAACGGAUUUCGCGUAUUCGUCGAUGAUGUCUUUAACAAUGCUGGUCUAUCGACAGAUUUCAAAAAUCAACUUAUAUCGUUGCCUGAAAAUCAAGAAAAAUUAACGCGUUUUCUUUGCUCCUGGGAUGUGCCUUUUGAAGCGCUUAUGAAAUUUUUCGUCUUAUUUGCUGUGACCGAACAAACUGCAAUGCAGAUAAAAAUACGCGCAAAGAACCAUUUGAUAGAAUUAUCGUCUAAUCCUAGAUUCCAUACACGUGAUGGCGUCGGUGUAUUUGUGAAACGUUUGGAUCAGAUUUUGUUAUGGUGUUGGGGAAGUGAUGAAGAAAUUGCAAUAUUUAAGCGAACUUAUUCCGGAACGUUUCGUUUACCGCAUUCAUUAGAACGAGUAGGAUUAUCUACUGCCUAAAUAGGUACCUACUCAAAAAACGUUGAUUUUUGUACGUCGACUUCUGCUAUGUAAAUAAACUUUUUUACUAAACAUUCGUGAUUUUUUUGUGCUGUAAAUGUUGAUUAGAUCAGUUUUUUUGCAUCUGCGGUGGUGUCAGGAGGAGAAAGGUAAUCGAAAUUCCGUCCUUCCUCUCCAAAAGAAAUCAUUUACGCUCCUUUCGAAUGAACAUGUCGAAUUUCAGACUCUCAGGCCAUUUUGAAGAAGAGGGGAGAGGUAAACGUGUAAUGAUGAUACAAGAUUAAAAAAAUAAUGUGCUGGAAAAAAAUUGUAAAAAAUGAGUUAAUCGCCACAAGUAGAAAGUGAGGAAGGGUAAAAUUAUUGAAUCUGCCCAAAAAACACAUCUAGAGCUCUUUUCGAAUCUUACGCGUCAAAUUCCAGGCUUUCAGGUCAAUCGGAGGGGAAAUGAAAAGCUUCAGUGAUGAUACAAGGUCUGGUAAUCAUUUUAAGUGUUCACUGAGCAGUUUUGUCUAAAAUUAUCAUUUUCUUCUUGAACAUUUCGCAUUAAUUACGCCAAAGUGCCGGAAUAGGAUAUCAUUUGUGAAACUCAGGUCGUAUUUUGGAAAAUCGUGGUGCCAAUUUUUUGUUCUUUAUGUCUAAUUUCAAAAACCUGAAAAAAUUUGCUGUUUUUUGCCAGGUAGGUAGGUAGUUAGGUACAUAUAUUGUUCAAUUUUUUCAAAUUUUGCAAUAAUGGCCGGAAAGUUGGCAGUACCUAUUUGAGAGGAAGAUGUGAAAAAAACAUUAUCAACAAAUACUUCAACCGAGCGAUGGGGGGGGGGAGAUCAAACGUUUGCCAAAAAAUAUGGAAUUCUUCCUGCAUCUUAUUGAGGUGAUUAUUGACCAUGAUUUUUCGAUAGGCUCCAUCAAAAUUUUAAAGUAGUUGUAAAAUGACUCACUCCAUUGACCACCCUAAAAAAAUAAAUGUUAAAAAAUGAAAGAAUAAACGACAAUUAUUAGGUAAUAAUUAUAAAAUCUCAGGAAGCCAGUCGAAAUCCUUUGAAAAUCCAAAAAUUAAAGAAAAAUGCUAAAGAAGUGAAAGUGUUGAAAAAAUAGUGAUUUUUAGCAAUUCUAAGCGAAAAAUAAAGAUUUAGGAGGGAAAAUGAAAAAAUGAAAAUAUAAUGAUAGAAAAAAGGGGCGUAAAUAUUUUAGAAGAAAUGAAUACGAUGGUAACACUGUUCGUGACCUCCAAAAGUAACAAAAAAAAGUUGAAAAAGGGGGGAAUUUGAAAAUUGUACUCGUAUGAAAAUGUUUUCUGACGACUGAGAGUGAAAAAUCAGUGAUUUUUGCCUGAAAAAAAUCCUGUGGACAAUCUAAACAUAAACAAAAGAAAUAAAAUCGAAUAAUCGAAAACCAACACUACUAUAACGAUUGUAAGAAAAGAAAAUAGGUACCUAUAAAAACAAAAACAUACUUAACAUUUCAGAAACAAAAUAAAAUAAAAUAAAACAAAAGCAAAAGAAAGGGCUUGAGACUGAAUACCUUCGUCGUAAUUUAAGAAUAGAAAGUAAGUAAGUAAUCCAGGGGGGAAAAACAGAAACUAGGUAGCAUUUAAAAACGAAAAUAAAUAAUAUGAAAAAAAUUAAUGACUCCACCCUCCCCCCUCCCUCCUUCAGUUAUGCUUGAAGUGAAAUAAAACGAAAAAAAGUAGAAAAUGAAUGUACUCGUAUGAUGAAUAAAUGGGAAAAUUAGUAAAAAAAAAAAUAAAAUAAUGUAAACAUAGAAAUAUGAUGGUACAUGAAUAGGCUACAAUUAACAUGAAAAAAGUAAAACAAAAACGUACAUAAAUUGAAACAAAAAUGAAAAUGAAAGUAGAAACCGACACAAAAAAUUCAAAGACCUCAAAACUAAAACCAAGAAAAUAUCAUCCUCAAAAACUAUAAAUUAAAUUUGAAAAUUUCCUGAAAAUGAAAUCGAAUGUAGAAAACAAAAAAAAAUGUUAAGUACUAGAAUAAAUUUUAAAACAAAAUAAAUUCCGAAAGAACUGAAUCACAAUUCAAAAAGCAAAAUCAUAAAUCUGAAAUAAAAGCAAGGAAAAUUGAAAACGAAAAUCUCAAAAAAAAAACAUAAACAAAAACAAAAAAAAAACAAAAUUAAACAUUGAAUAUUGAAAAAUCUUAAAAUGAAAAAGAACCAAAAAAUUUAAUCUUCACAACCUCGAAGUGAAAACAAAAAAGUCCACAAACAAAAUUGAAUUUAGAAAACGAAAUUGAAAAGCAAAAACUUAAAAUUCUAGAAUUUGAAUCCAUCUUGAAAAAACUGAAUCGAAACAAAAUGAAUAAAAUCGAAUCGAAAAUCAAAACCAGGAAACGAUUGUAAGAAACAAAAAUGGAAAAACAAAAUCCAUCGUGAAAAAAAUGAUUCGAAACAACAAACGAAAAUCGAAUUGAGAUCCCAAAAACAAGAAACAAACUUGAAAAAACAAAAUGAAAAAAAAUAGAAUAUAAAAUUCUGGAAACGAAAUUUACCUAUCGUGAAAAAACUGAAUCAAAGCGAAGAACUGAAAUCAAAUUGUGAACCAAGCUCAGUAAUAACUGCGAAAUUAUAAACCAAAGUUAACGAUAAUUGAAUGAAAUGUGACAAAAAUGCAUGAAUUGGAAAUCAGAAAAAAAAAAACUAUAAAAUAUUAAUGAGAAUGCAUGUAAAAGCGUUAAAAUCGAAUAAAAA